AAUGUACAUGCAGAGUAGAGACAGAUUCCCGGUCACAAAAGGAAAUUUUUGUAUUAGGUUAUAUUUGAGUUACCUUACCGUUUUGGUCGUUACCUUUAUAGUUGAACAGCAGAAAUAGAAGUGUUUGUCACAAGUUCGCUAUGACCACACUGGCUAGUUUACAUACUUAAAUUACGACUUUUUAAAAGAAUAAUUGUGAUUUAAGUGAAAUAUGGAGGAAAAUGACUUAUUGAAUCUGUACAAUAGUGGAAAUUAUAUAGCUUGUAUACAGAUUUUAGAAGGAACAGAAAUAUUGGGUAACGAUACAAAAUAUCUACGGGUUAAAUUAAAACAUGUAAAUGAAAUUACAAGAGAACUUCUGUGCCUUAAUAAUUUAACACUCUGUCAAGCCAUGAUAGAGCAAUCUGGAAAUGAAGAAAAGUGGUCAGAAGCCCUAAACCGUUUUAUGAAACUGCAAUCAAAUUAUAGAAGUUUAUCAGUUAUACCUUUAGAACUGGAAUUAAAUGUUUUACACAAUAUCCUGUGGUGGUUUUUGACCAGACCCCAUUCUUUAAGAUACAAAACAACUCCCCAGAGUAUCUUGGAUAUUGUCUCAAAGUGUCUAAUUAAAGUGUUGAAAUCCUGUAAUGAGUCUGUGCUGGGGCAGGAGUCGUGUUUCCAAGACUCAAGUUGUCUCAUCACUCUACUGAAGCGAGCCUCAGAUCAGCUAUUGAGGUUAUCUGCUGUUGUUUGCACACAGCUGCUAAGUGUGAUUACAUUGACAGUCCAUUUGCUGUUGAGGCAGCAAGAUACAGAAUUCCUGACUGAAUAUAUGGGCGUACUGAGAAAAGCUAUCGAUCAGCUAGAUUUGCUGAGACUCCAUGUCCAGAGAGAGACCCAGAGAGGUGAUGAAGAGGUUUACUUUAAGUUUGGUCUUACUCGAAUGAACUCUACAGCAUCACUGAACAACUGUGGAGAUACAAUAAACGCUUUUGUCAUAACUGGAAGCAUUGUGUGUGCCGUGAAUAAUGAAAAUGAACAAGGAAUGGACUGUUUGAAACAGAUAGCCGAGGAAGGAAAUAGUUUUCCUUUUAUAUCCAACUACUUGAAAGCAUACUGUUGCCUCCACUCCCAGCAUUAUAACGAGGCUAAGCUCUGUUUAGCGUACACCACAUCCAGCCCAUUACCACCUCCCCACCAGGCCCACUACCGACUUCUGCUGGCUCGGCUGCUGAGUGAACAGGGAGACCACAAGGCCGCCCUGCUGCAGUGUGAGGCGGCCUUAGCCUCAGCACACUCCUCACCAGGACAUCCUAGUCAUUCACUCGCCACCCUCAUGGCUGCCAGUGAGGCUCACCAUCUCCAUUUAUCCACUGCACAGCUCAAUUAUCUCAAACGACUUGUGGAAUUUUUAAAGCCAAAGUCUACAGAAGAGAAUGUAAAGUUUGAUGGAUUUGAAGAGUGGUGUUUAACAGUACUAAACCAACAGUUCUCAGUUACCGUCCACGAAGCUGUGUACACUCUAGCUAGAGAGCAGUACCUCGCAGGGUAUCACCUGAAGGCGCUAGAGAGCUACAAUGAACUGUCAGAGUUGCUAAAGUCUCAGAUUUGCGAGUCGUCGCAACUGUUGCCUCGUCAGGUGCAGAUUCUGCAUGAGACUGUGCUUGCUCAUCUCAAAGGAAACAGUCUUACAGGAGGCGAGCAGUUGUGCCGACAACUUGUGAGAGAGUAUGUACCGUCCGGUACUGUCACACUAAGAGAGGGAGAGGGAUGUUGGGAGGCAGCCUUAUACCGUCUGGAGGAGGAUGUUGUGUCUAUGGUACUGCUGGCAGACAUCCUCAGUGGCUCUGACAAGAAUAGAGCCCUAGAGCAGCUGAAUAGGUGUUACAAUGUUGUAAGUGAGGCCAGGGAUCAGCCUUUUUUGCAAGUGGAUACUCACACAGAGCUUUGUGAUUGGCUCAUGAGCAGGAUAAUGUUGCGGAAAGCUCGUCUAAGCCGCACUGAGGAUGCUGUUCACUACUUCCGCAGAGCUCUUAUCCACAAGCCAGGUGACAAGGAGGUUAUGUUCCACUACAAACAGUGGUCACUGUGGCAUCCUGACCACCAGUCCUUUGAUCCUGGAGAUCACGUGGCAGAGUUCCCUGCAGACCAGGUGUACAACCUCGCACUCAGACACAUCCUCACCUGUGCUGUCAGUGAAGAAGAAUGGGCAGCUUUUUUUGACCAUGAAAGUUCACAGAAUGUCCUUGAAACAUUAUUUGAUGAUGAUUAAUUAAAGAUUGAUUAAAAAUCA